GGCUGGGGCUGAGCAGACGGACCGUGAGCUCUCGAGGUGUCUGGAGGCCCAGUGAGCCCCGGACCCAGGAGGCCCAAGGAGCUGGAGGUGACCCUGAGCAAGACCCCAGAGGAAGGGCGCACGCCUCCCAGACGACUGUGUGGCACCCCAGGCUGGGCUCCUGUUAGGAGGGGGUGCCUGUGCCCAGGCAGCGGCUCAGAGGCAGCAGCUCCAUGCAGAGCUGAAGCUGGUCCUGCAGCAGAAGGGAGAGAGGAAGCAUCAGCCUGGGGCCCAGGGGACUCCCAGGAGCGCAAUGGAGGCCCGAAGCCGGAGUGCCGAGGAGCUGAGGCGGGCGGAGUUGGUGGAGAUCAUCGUGGAGACGGAGGCGCAGACGGGGGUCAGCGGCAUCAACGUGGCGGGCGGCGGCAAGGAGGGAAUCUUCGUCCGCGACCUGCGUGAGGAUUCGCCCGCCGCCAGGAGCUUCAGCCUGCAGGAAGGGGACCAGCUACUGAGCGCCCGCGUGUUCUUCGAGAACUUCAAAUACGAGGACGCGCUACGCCUGCUGCAAUGCGCCGAGCCUUACAAGGUCUCCUUCUGCCUGAAGCGCACUGUGCCCACCGGGGACCUGGCGCUGCGGCCGGGGACCGUGGCUGGCUACGAGAUCAAGGGCCCGCGGGCCAAGGUGGCCAAGCUGAACAUCCAGAGUCUGUCCCCUGUGAAGAAGAAGAAGAUGUUGGUGCCUGGGGCCCUGGGGGUCCCUGCAGACCUGGCCCCCAUUGAUGUCGAAUUCUCCUUUCCCAAGUUCUCCCGUCUGCGUCGGGGCCUCAAAGCCGAGGCUGUCAAGGGCCCUGUCCCAGCCGCCCCCACCCGCCGGCGCCUUCAGCUGCCUCGGCUCCGCGUCCGAGAAGUGGCUGAAGAGGCCCAGGCAGCCCGGCUGGCGGCCGCCGCUCCUCCCCCUAGGAAGGCCAAAGCGGAGGCUGAGGUGGCAGCAGGAGCCCGUUUCACAGCCCCCCAGGUGGAGCUGGUUGGGCCCCGGCUGCCAGGCGCCGAAGUGGGUGUCCCCCAGGUCGCGGCCCCCACAGCGGAGGCAGUCAGCGGCUUUGCCCUCCACCUGCCGACCCUUGGGCUGGGAGCCCCACCUGUACCUGCCGUGGAGCCUGCAGCCGUGGGGAUCCAGGUCCCCCAAGUGGAGCUGCCUCCCUUGCCUUCGCUACCCCCUCUGCCCUCACUGCCCUGCUUGGAGACCCGGGAAGGGGCUGUGUCAGUGGUGGUGCCCACCCUGGACGUGGCAGCGCCUUCAGUGGGGGUGGACCUGGCCUUGCCGGGCGCAGAGGUGGAGGCCCCAGGAGAGGCUCCUGAGGUGGCCCUGAAGAUGCCCCGCCUCAGUUUCCCCCGCUUUGGGGCUCGAGCAAAGGAAGUUCCUGAGGCCAGGGUGAAGGGGCCCAGACUUCGGAUGCCCACCUUUGGGCUUUCUCUCCUGGAGCCCCGGCCUGCUGCCCCUGAAGCCGUUGUCGAGAGCAAGCUGAAGCUGCCCACCAUCAGGAUGCCCUCCCUUGGCGUCGGGGUCUCGCCACCUGAGGUCAAGGCGCCCAAGGGGCCUGAGGUGAAGCUCCCCAAAGUGCCCGAGGCAGCCCUUCCAGAAGUGCGACUCCCAGAGGUGGAGCUCCCAAAAGUGUCAGAGAUGAAGCUCCCGAAGGUGCCCGAGAUGGCCGUGCCAGAGGUUCGACUCCCGGAGGUGCAGCUGCCGAAAGUCCCCGAGGUGAAGCUCCCAAAGGUGCCCGAGGUGAAGCUCCCGAAGGUGCCCGAGAUGGCCGUGCCAGAGGUUCGACUCCCGGAGGUGCAGCUGCCAAAAGUCCCAGAGAUGAAAGUCCCCGACGUGCAACUCCCCGAGAUGAAGCUCCCGGAGUUAAAACUCCCCAAGGUGCCUGAGAUGGCCGUGCCCGACGUGCAACUCCCAGAGGUGCAGCUGCCGAAGAUGCCGGAGAUGCGGCUGCCGGAAGUGCAGGCGCCGAAGGUCCCGGAUGUGUGUCUUCCGAAGGUCCCCGAGGUGAAGCUGCCCAAGGCUCCGGAGGUGGAGCUCCAAGUUCCCGGGGCAGAGCAGGCAGAGGGGAUGGAAUUUGGCUUCAAGAUGCCCAAGAUGACCAUGCCCAAGCUAGGGAGGGCGGGGUCCCCCUCACGAGGCAAGCCAGGCGAGGCAGGGGCUGAGGUCUCCGGGAAGCUGGCGACACUUCCCUGUCUGCAGCCAGAGGUGGGCGGCGAGGCUCGUGUGGGUGUCCCCUCUCUCACACUGCCCUCAGUGGAGCUGGACCUGCCAAGGGCUCUCAGCCUGGAGAGGCAGGUCCCAGCAGCCGAAGUGGGCAAGGCGGAGCGGGCAGAGGGCCCCAGGGUGGCAGCAGGGGUCGGGGAACUGGCCUUCCGGAUGCCCUCUGUUGAGAUUGUCACUCCACAGCUGCCCACCUUGGAGGCUGAGGAAGGGCGGCUGGAGGUGACAGAGACGAAAGGCAAGCCCUCUUCCAAGUUCUCCCUGCCCAAGUUUGGACUCUCGGGGCCAAAGGUGGCCAAGGCAGAGGCCGAGGGGGCUGGGCGGGCCACCAAGCUGAAGGUGUCCAAAUUUGCCAUCUCACUCCCAAAGGCUCGGGCGGGGACCGAUGCUGAGGCCAAAGGGGCGGGGGAGGCCAGCCUGCUGCCCGCCCUCGAUCUGUCCAUCCCACAGGUCGGCCUGGAUGCCCAUCUGCCCUCGGGCAAGGUGGAGGUGGCAGGGGCUGAUGUCAAGCUCAAGGGGCCCCGGUUCGCUCUGCCCAAGUUUGGGGUCAGAGGCCGGGACCCCGAGGCAGGAGAACUAGUGCCAGGGGCGGUCGAGCUGGAGGGCAAGGGCUGGAGUUGGGAUGGGAAGGUGAAGAUGCCCAAGCUGAAGAUGCCCUCCUUUGGGCUGGCUCGAGGAAAGGAAGCAGAAAUCCAAGGUGAGCGUGUCAGCCCCGGAGAAAAGCCAGAGUCCACAGCUGGGCAGCUGAAGAUCCCCGAGGUGGAGCUGGUCACGCUGGGGGCCCAGGAGGAAGGGGGCGCAGAGGGGGCGGUGGCCGUCAGCAGAGUACGGCUAUCGGGGCUGCACGUAUCCACGACCAGGCGGGUGGGCACUGAGGGCCAGGACGCGGGUCUGAGGAUGCCCCUGGGCAUCUCCCUGCCCCAGGUGGAGCUGGCCAGCUUUGGGGAGGCCACCCCGGGGCAGCAGGCUGAGAGUGCAGCCCCUCCAGCAGAGGGCACGGCAGGUUACAAGGUCCAGGUGCCUCAGGUGACCUUGUCUCUGCCUGGAGUCCAGACGGCCAGUGGUGAGCUGUUGGUGGGCGAGGGCGUCUUCAAGAUGCCUGCUGUGACAGUGCCCCAGCUUGAGUUGGACGUGGGGCUGAGCCGAGAGGCACAGGUGGGUGAGGCAGCCACAGGCGAGGGUGGGCUGAGGCUGAAGAUGCCCACGCUGGGGGCCAGAGCUGGGGCUGGGGGAGAGGGGCCUGGGGAGCAGCCCCCAGGGCCCGAGCGCACCUUCCGCCUUUCGCUGCCCGACGUGGAGCUCUCGCCACCCGCCGUGGGCAGCCACGCGGAGUACCAGGUGGCAGAGGGCGAGGGGGAUGCUGGGCACAAGCUCAAGGUGCGGCUGCCCCGGUUUGGCCUGACGCGGGCCAAGGAGGGGGUUGAGGAGGGUGAGAAGGCCAAGAGCCCCAAACUCAGGCUGCCCCGCGUGGGCUUCAGCCAGAGCCAGGCAGUCACCGGGGAAGGCUCCCCCAGCCCAGAGGAGGAGGAAGAGGAGGGUGGCGGGGAAGGGGCCUCCGGGCGCCGAGGUCGCGUCCGAGUCCGCUUGCCCCGUGUGGGCCUGGCUAACCCUUCCAAAGCCUCUCGGGGGCAGGAGGGCGAGGCAGCCCCCAAGUCCGCUGGUGGGGAGAAGUCCCCCAAGUUCCGCUUCCCCCGAGUGGCCCUAAGCCCCAAGGCCCCGAGCAGGAGUGGGGAGCAGGAAGAGAGUGGAUUCCGGGUUCGGCUGCCCAGUGUGGGGUUUUCCGAGACAGGGGCUCCAGGCCCCACCAGGAUGGAGGGGGCUCAGGCUGCUGUCAUCUGAAGCCCCUGGGCAGAGGGAGACCCCACUCCCAUCUUCCCGUCUGCCUGCCCCUUGUUUUGUGUGUGAGAUAACUAGCACUAACCCCAGAGGGCCGGGAGGUGGACGACUGACCAGGGCAGGGCUGGGGAGGCCUCGUGUCCAGCUCGUUGGCAGGAGUGACUGUAUCUUGCCAAGCCAUGUGAAUAAAGUAAUCCAGAGGUA